AUUUUUUCAAAGGUUAAGGACCAUUUUUAUUACUAGCAGGCUUUUCUCACCAGUAGGCUGUUCUGACUGUAAUUACCUCCUUCAGACCAAACAGGAUAUUCAGGAGCCUUUAUCACAAAUUCUUUUAUACAAAUGUCAAAAAUGCUUUCAACAAAUCUAAGAGUGUUCUAAUCAUACACCACCUUUAAACUUCAAUUUAAGAUAACAAAAAUGAAAACAAGAACUGUGUUUCCAAUUGGUUUUAGACAAAAUAAAUUUUCAAAUCAGGAAGAAAAAUUCUUUAGACAGAAUUAAGUGGGCCAAUUGUCAGAUGGAGAUAGUAGCAGAGGUUUACCAUUUAGCACCGAUUCACUGAUUAAGCAUCCUGCUUUAAACACAUAUCAAACUGUUAGAAGGAAACAGUUUGACUCCUUGUUAUACUAUUUAAAGGAAAAAUUCUUACAACACCAGUCAGUCAAGGAGAAGCUAGAAAUUGUGUUGAUUCAGAAGGAAAUACAAAGCAAAAAUCUCCAUGGUUUCUUGGAGAGAAAUUUAUCCCUCAGCUUUUCUAAGGAGGAAAUUAAUUCUUAAAAACAAGAGCUGUAAAGAAACAUGCCAGAAGUCAUGCCAGUGUAAUCUGGAUGCUUGGAAAUCCGAACAUAUUUUAGUCUUCCAGCUGAGCACAACACUCAGAGCUGGUUGAGUUCUCUACAAAUCACCAAGAAAAGGGAAGCUGGCCAUGGAUUCUGCCGGUGCCCAGUGCUGACAUGCAGCAAGCAGUGCAUGGUGAGGUGGGUACAGUCUAUCUGUGUGGUGCUGUUACAGACUUCUGCCUUAAGAAGAGUCAGGCUAUGAAAACAGAGUAAUCUGGUUUUAUUUCCCAACCCGUGCUGAGGACUUGUGUAAGGCAGGACUUAACGUAAGGUUGAAGUCACAUGUGGGCUGAGCAAAGGCCUAGUGACAGCAUGUGGUCUUCAGAAAAGCAAACUGCAGCCUUACAAUAAAGAGUACCUUCUCUUCUGCCAUGGGCAUGUUUUCAGGCUAUCCUGCCUAGCAGUGAGAUAUUUAGGGAGGAAGGGAGUAUAGCACACAACUCUUGGUAAAGUUAAGCUCAAAAAGAAAUAAUUUUUUGGUGAGCUCCAUCUGGUUGGAAAAAGCAGGGGGAAGCUCUAUUGAUCUUGUAGAAAAAAGUCAUUAACUAUAAUCCAGACAUAGUGACUAAGAAAUUUGUGUGAUUCUGUAAACCUUGCAGAGUCUAGUAUUUGUCAUUUUUAUAAUUUCAUUUUUCUGUUUACUAUAGCUGCAAAACAAAUCACUCGAAAGUUAGUGGCAUAAAACAGCCAGUAUAUUACACUUGUGGCCUCUGUGGGUUAGAAAUUUGGACAGAACACAGAGGAUGGCUUUUCUCUGCUUCGUAGUGUUUGGGUCCUAAGGUGGGAAGACUUGAAGACAGGAUGAUCUGAAGUUGGGAACUUGGAAUCAUCCAAGGGGGCUCAUUCACUCCUGGGCCAGGAGCCAACUGGAGCUCCUACAUUUGGGCUCCCUGUGUGGUCUGACAGCCUCAUUCACAGCAUGGUGGCCUCAGAGUGCGUUGUAUUUUUAUGUGGUGACUCAGUAUCCAGAGUGGCGGUUGAAUCACCUUCUCUAGCCUUGCCCAAGAACCCAUGCAGGGUCACUUCUACUGCAUGCUAUUGAUUAUAGGCAUGUCACCAGCCCACCAACAUCACAAGCAAGGACACAGACCACAGGCAUGUCAAAGGAGCACUGUAAAGGAGUCUAUGGCAUGGAAGAUGCUGUGGCCCUCUUUGGAAAAUGCAGUCGAUGCAUUCAUCUAUUUCACUGCAGUGACCGCAGUAAUUCAGCCAUUGCGCCAGAAACCUACGACGUGGAAUAUUAACACCGCCAAGCACUUCACCGGCAAACGGCCCAUUUCCAGGGUAGAAAAUGCACUUCGUGACCCUUACGUCACCCCCGAACGAGUCUCCGAUGUCCCCGCUUUGCAAAAUAAAGCGCAAGCCCACGAGGGCAGCAGGACCCGCCGAUCCUGAACCAUCCCUUCUACAAAUUACCGUGCCGCGGAAGAUUGGGACAAAUACCAAUGACGGUGAAGAUUUCAAAACACAUGUCACUUAUGCCAUCAAAAUUGACAGGGAAACCUAUACUCUCCAUCUUAAAAAACAGUCAUUUUUAGACCCUCAUUUCCUGGUGUAUGCAUACAACAAAUUAGGAAAAUUGUAUCCAGAUUCUUCUUUUGAAAAGGGCCAUUGCUUUUAUCAAGGAUAUGCUGCAGAAGUUCCAAAAUCAGCUGUGACACUUAGCACCUGUUCUGGACUUAGGGGAUUAUUGCAGUUGGAGAAUGUCAGUUAUGGCAUUGAGCCAGUGGACUCUACAGCUGCAUAUGAGCAUAUGCUUUAUCAAAUAAAUAAUGAUAAAAUUGAUUUUUCUCUCUUACACAAAAAUCCUAUGCCCCAAUUGGUACAAAAGUCCUACAAGAUUCUUGUGAAAUCAGAAAAAGAUUCAGAUAUACUAUUACAAAGAAUUCUGAAAAUACAAAUCAUUAUGGAUAAAGCCUUGUUUGAUUAUAUGGGCUCUGAAGUGGCAGUUGCAGCUGAGAAAGUUGUCCAUAUCUUUGGUCUUGUUAAUACUAUGUUCUCCCAGCUUAAAGUGACUGUUAAGCUAACUUCUUUGGAGUUCUGGUCAGAUCAAAAUAUGAUUUCAACUAAUGCGGAUGCUGAUGAAGUACUACAGAGAUUUGUGUCAUGGAAAGAACAAUUUUUGUUUCAAAGAUCCCAUGAUCUAGCAUAUUUAUUAAUUUAUAGGGAUCGUCCUAAUUAUGUAGGAGCAACAUAUCAUGGAAUGGCAUGCAAUCCAAAGUUUGCUGCAGGAAUUGCUCUGUAUCCACAGGUGAUAACUUUAGAGGCGUUUUCAGUUGUUAUAGCACAGUUGCUUGGAAUUAGUCUGGGAUUAACAUAUAAUAAUGACAUCUUCACUUGUUACUGCCCAGGAGCUACAUGCAUAAUGAACGCCAAAGCAAUACGUUCCCAUGGUGUAAAGUUUUUUAGCAGUUGCAGCAUGGAUGAAUUUAAACGUAUGGCUUCACAGCCUGAAUUUGAAUGUCUUCAGAAUCAAACCAUUUCAAAUGUGGGUUACCACACAGCAAGUUCACUCUGUGGCAAUGGAAUUUUGGAAAACUCAGAACAAUGUGAUUGUGGUAGUCAAGAGCAGUGCAAAAAAUAUGAAAAAUGCUGUAAUCCUGAAGAUUGUACUCUGCUUGAAUUUGCAGAGUGUGGCACUGGACCAUGCUGUAAUAAAGAUACUUGUCAGAUAUCCACCAAAGGAACUGUAUGUCGGGAAAGUAAAGAUCCCUGUGAUUUUCCAGAAUUUUGUGAUGGAAUACAUGAGUAUUGCGUACCUGAUGUGCAAUCUGCUGAUUUAGAACCAUGCAAUAAUAACACUGCUUAUUGCUAUGAGGGAAAAUGCCGAGAUACAGAUAAACAGUGUGCAGAGUUAUUUGGAAAAUUUGCAAAGGGUUCUACUUCUCUGUGCACACAAGAAGUGAAUAUGCAGGAUGAUGAUUUUGGAAACUGUAGAGGAGGAUUUUGUAAUUUUAGUACUGUUACCUGGGACAGUGCUCUUCUAGGACUUCAUUUACACAGAGAACAAACUGUGACUCAAAACUAAAUUGCAGUGGACAUGGGGUUUGCAAUAAUUUGCUUCAUUGUCACUGUGAUGUUGGAUAUUCUCCUCCACUUUGUAAACCAUCACGAAUAUCACCAGGAGGAAGUAUUGAUAACGGGUUUUGGAAUAGGGGAAGUUAGUAUCUCGAUGAGUGUGCUUCGAAGAGCUUUCUGCCAUCACAGAAAGAUGGUUUACAUCGUCACAGACUAUGUGUCUAUCAAGUACCUGACAUACGGAUAGUACAACUAGGAAUCUAAAAAUUCCAUUUUAUUUUACUUUUUUUUAACUUUUAUUUA